UUCAGUUGUAAAUUGUCGGUCUAUCACUCACCCAGAAAUCAGAGGCGUCUUUAUCUCUUUGCAUUAGAUCCGCAAAGAGGAUAGUGCAGUUGGCGACGAAGUCAUCUGGUGGUAUGGCUGCAUCGUGAAAUACGGUGAUGCCCAGACUGAAAGUGAAAGCAUUGUUAGUAUAAGACAGGUGUGCUUUGUGUAAAAUUUGUAACUUUUCAAGAAUAUAUUUUGGCCCAGAAAAUCUCUUGUGUACAAAACAGAUUUUUUCAUAGAAUAUUUGUGAACAAACUAUUUUGCACAGCACUAGGCGGUUUACAUCAAAGUCACUAUUGGCAGGACGUGUCAAGUCACUUCACUGACAGAACAGCUCUCUACUUAAAGAAAUUGCUGUUUGAAUUGGUUUAUUUUGUGAGAAGUAGGAGAUUUCUAUACAUUCCUAAUCAAAACAUUUGGCAAGGGAAGUAAUAUAAAUUUCGAUAUGGGUUUCCUCACUAUUCUUAAGAAAUUGCGGCAAAAAGAGAAAGAAAUGCGAAUACUCAUGUUAGGACUAGACAACGCCGGGAAGACUACAAUAUUGAAGAGGUUCAAUGGGGAGCCAAUAGACACCAUUUCUCCAACAUUAGGCUUCAAUAUAAAAACUUUGGAACAUCGUGGUUUUAAACUAAAUAUUUGGGACGUGGGAGGGCAGAAGUCUUUACGAUCUUACUGGAAGAACUACUUUGAAAGCACAGAUGGUGUAGCGUGGGUGGUAGACAGUGCUGAUGCUCGGAGACUUUCGGAUUGUGCCCGGGAGCUCCAUUCACUGUUAAGAGAAGAGCGGCUGGCUGGAGCCACACUGCUGGUCCUGGCCAACAAGGCGGACCUGCCCGGGGCGCUCACACUCCAGGAGAUAAGAGAGGCUCUAGAUUUGGACAGCAUCAAGACGCAUCACUGGCGGAUCGUUCGCUGCUCAGCUGUCACCGGGGAGAACCUUCUAGAUGGAAUGGAUUGGAUGCUGGACGACAUCGCAUCCAGAAUAUUUACCUUAGAUUGAGAUAGAUUACGUGUUAUGACGCUUUUUUACUGCCAUUGGAGCUGUGGAGUAAUUUAACUAAUAAUUAACUAGCUUUUGAUCCUUGUUUGGCUAUCAUAAGAAAAUUGCUAAGUUUUUCUAAAAUAUGAGACAUUGGGUAGAUAUGCUUUCAAAUUAUAUUAUGAACAUAGAUAGAUAAAAUCUUUGUCAUUAUACCAUAAAAAAAACAUAGAAUAACAACACAAUAGAGACAGGCACAAAGGUGGAAUUAUCACUAAUGCAAUCUCUUCCAAUCAACCUUUAACAAGAAUAGGUUAAACAUUAUUUUUUAUUUAUUAAUUACAACACAGGUAAAAUAUAUUUGUUGACAUUUCUCGGUAAAAAAUAUCUGAUGUAAAAAGUUACAAAUUUAUACGUUUUGUUCACCUGUUCUUUUGGAUUAAUUUUUUAAUAGAUUCUAUUAGGUAAAGCAUAUGAUCUCACAUGUUUGGCAAUAUGGAUUCUAGCAGGGUUUAAAGGGAACACUGCAACUCUUGGCUUGAAUGCGCUGAUUUCGGAAAGUUGGGGAUGGAUUUUGUUUCUGUAUUAAAAUGUUGGAAAUAGAGUUGUUUGAGGAAGGUUUAUAUCUAAAAACGCUAUCCGUGCGAUGUCAUGGCGGGUCGCUAGUUUCCUAUAAAGGGUGGAACUGCCAAAUCUAUUGUCAGCAGCCUAUUGGAUAUAGAUAUUUAUCUAUUCCUCAUCAUGAAGAAUUCCAAUUUUCGUUUUUAUUACUUGUCUUUUUUCUUAAUUAAAUGCAAAAUAAUGAACUUAAUUUAUAAUUUAUUAAUUUAUUUUAUCACAGAGCAAGGUUAGCCAGUCAGUUAUCCUAAUGCACGCUCUGUGGUGUACACCCAAUAAGAACAUACUCGUUCGAUCUUAUAUAAUUUAAAAUCUUAACGCUAUUAAAACUGUGAUGUAUUUUGAUUAAAAUAUAUUCUUUUACUUACAUAA